AUGCCACCCGUCGUGUAUCCUUAUACCGUCACUAACAGCUACAAAGGGGGCCUCUUCAUGCGAACAUACAGCCGCAACGUGCGGCGCGCUUGGGAUGGUGAAGACUAUCGACCGCCAAAACGCCAACGCCUCGAAGAUGCUUGGAACGCGCACUCUUUCACUUCCGGCGGCUACAAUGAGAACGCGACGACCAAGCCUGUCGACCUCGAAGACAGCCUCGAACGUGCCAUUCGCGAGACCAGCGUCGCCGCUCUCUCCUCUUCCCCUUCCCGCAAGAACAGCACAGUCUUCUCUGCAGAAUUGCAGGAGGAUGACCUAGGCUCCAGCACCAUCACCCCACCAUCCUCUCCUCCACCGGUGCUACAACUCACGCCACCUCGGAUCAAAGCCUACAAACCCAACUUCUCGGCAAUUGACAAGUCUAAGAAGGAAAAGAAGGACCUCAAAAACGCGAAAAGGAAACGCGAUGCACAAUCACUUGGGCUGAGUGCCGAAACUACGCGUCAUGACUCGGAGCCUCUGUCCGAGAUAUUCAACUCCACUACACGUGCGCAAAGCUCGCAACCAACACAUCGAGACGCGUCUGGAGGUCAAGAACAAGACCGGACGCCAGUUGCGCGACCGGCUUCCAGGCCAUCCUUACCAAAACAAAACUUGGUCCAAACGGUGCUGGACCUGGGCCAGCCAUCGGGCCCUACAAUAUGCCCACAAUGUCAGAUGUCCUACAUGCCGACCUCGUGUGAGGAUAAUCAGCUACACCACAUGUUCCAUCAUCGAGACAGCUCUGGUAUCGAACUUGGAAAACCGUUCCUCAAGUCGGCUAUGAGAUGGUGCUACCAGGUGGCGCAUAUCCCUGGGAGCGUGGUCGUAGUAGACAGGAAGCUCUCUUUGCCCGCACGGAGGGUUGUUGAGAAAGUCCUCUCCAUCGUCAACAAGGAACUCGGAAGUGUGGAUAUUACGGCGGAAGAUCUGUGGAGUCAACGUGCUCUGGAAGGGGAGAAGGAUGACAACACCAAGAAAUGCGAUCGCUACAAGGCCUUCUUGCACAUCAUCGAAGACAAAUGUGUGGGAGUCUGUCUCGCUGAGCGGAUCAACAAAGCCCACCGAGUUCUUCCGAAUGAAAGCGCCGCGGGCGAGAUGAUGCCUCUGAACGACCAUUUCAAAUCCACUGGCCCUGUGACGCCGGCUGCUACAGAGUUCAAUGGAGAAGAAGCGGAUCAGGUCCAUUCAAAACCUCAAAUUCCAACCCCAAUCGCAAGUCCAACGUGUUCGGGACCUUCAUCUAGCAUCAGCAUCUCGGAGGAGACGUAUCCGGCUGUGGUGGGUGUCAGUCGGAUCUGGACGAGCCACGCGUUCCGGCACAAAGGCAUAGCGAGCAAUCUACUGGAAUGCGUCAUGAACCAGUUCAUUUACGGGAUGGAGAUUGAGCCGCAUCAAGUAGCUUUCAGCCAGCCGACGGAGAGCGGCGCGGCUUUAGCACGAGCAUGGUUCGGUGAGGAUGAUGGCUGGUCGGUUUAUCGAGAGGAGUGA